AUGUUGAAGGACGGAGUCAUUCUCGAUUCUGGCAAGUUGCGGGAUGAGAUCGUGAGCUUGUGCAUAGAGACGGCCAUGCAGGAUUUCUACUCCAAGCGGCUCGCUCUCCAACUACGCCAUUACAUCAGGGAUGGGAGCUACCUCUGCAGGCUAAAAACUCCUUCCUCCCCUUCAUCUGACCAUAAUAAGUUUUUGCCGAAUUUUCAGAUGGAUGAUGGAGACAUCUACGAUUGCAAGAAAAUUCAUAGUCAGCCUAGCAAAAGGAACAUUUCAAUAUCCAAAAGAAAGAAGCAGACAAGUGACAAGUUGAGAGACAGCAGAAUAGCAGAAAGUGGAACAGAAAGUGAAAGCUGCCCACCAGGAAGUUUUCCAGUUCUCAAGGCCACCAAGGCAGGGCCUCUCAAUUUCAGUGCUCUUCAAGAUUUUGCAAGUUCACGUGCCAGGUCGUUUCUCAAAUCAAAAGCCAUGAAAACAUUGGCUAUCGACAAUCCUGCAGACCAUGAGUAUGCAAAAGGUACGGUAAGCGGAACCUAUGGAGGAGGGGAAGGAACUUUUAGUGUUUGGGGACCUAACAUAGAGGACAGGAGUGAGAUGAGCCUUUCACAAGUUUGGGUUGUACAUGCAGCACAACAUCAGAUUUAUAUGGCACUGGAAGCUGGUUGGAUGGUCAAUCCUAGCGUAUUUGGAGAUGCAAGAACGCGGUUUUUUAUCUUCACAACGAAUGACAGCUACAAUACAUGGCUCUAUAAUGAUAACACUAAAUCACCAGAAGACAGAGGCAGUAAUAAUCUGGAAUUCGUAAGAGGACGUCACGGUAUGCCUUUCGGCAAGCGACUCAGAUGUCAAACUAUCAACGGGAAUCCCAGUGAAAUUGAAAUCACUAUCAUACGGAAUGAUGAAGAAGACUGGGAAGUUUUGGUUGAUGAAACGUUGAUUGGCUACUGGCCAAAAUCAAAUUACCAAGUAAACAGCGCAAACGAAGUUUCAUGGGGAGGGGAGAUCGUGAAUCGGCGGACAAGAGGAAGGCACACAUCCACCCAGAUGGGCAGCGGCCAUUUCUCCACCGAUGAUCUCGGGACGGUUGCAUACAUCCGAAAAAUGGCCUUAUACGACCUCGACACGGACCUUUAUUAUCCUCCCGAAGAGGAUAUUGGUAUCAUCAUGAACAAUGGGAACUGCUAUGAUGCCACGUAUUGGGAUCUUCGUCAAGCAGAUGACGAUGAUGACUUUGGCCAUUACAUAACUAUGGGAGGGCCUGGUUAUCAUCGACGCAAUUGUCCUUGA